CCGGCCCCAGGCGGAGGAGGACCUGGGCGAGCUGUCGGAGCAGUUCUACAAGUACGCUGUGCAGUUGGUUGAGAUGUUGGAUAUGUCUGUCCCUGCAGUUGCUAAGCUGAGACGACUUUUAGACAAUUUGCCUAGAGAAGCUUUGCCUGAUAUACUGACUUCAAUCAUUCGCACAACCAACCAAGAGAAGCUUCAGAUUUUGGAUGCUGUUAGCUUGGAGGAACGGUUCAAGAUGACUAUACCAUUGCUUGUUCGACAGAUUGAAGGUCUGAAGCUGCUUCAGAAAACCAGAAAACCCAAACAGGAUGAUGAUAAAAGGGUUGUAGCUAUUCGUCCUAUUAGAAGGCUCAAUCACAUUCCAGGUGCUGCAGAGGAAGAGGAGGAAGAGGAAGAUCAUGAUGAUGUUGUCAUGCUAGAAAAGAAAAUUAGAAUAUCCAGUAUGUCAGAGCAAGCUCUUAAAGUAUGUCUAAAAGAAAUGAAGAGAUUAAAAAAGAUGCCUCAAUCAAUGCCAGAAUAUGCUUUGACCAGAAAUUAUUUAGAACUGAUGGUGGAACUUCCGUGGAACAAAAGUACAAAAGACCGGCUGGAUAUUCGUGCAGCCAGAGUUCUUCUGGAUAAUGACCAUUAUGCCAUGGAGAAAUUGAAGAAGAGAGUAUUGGAGUAUUUAGCUGUCAGGCAACUGAAAAACAACCUAAAGGGACCCAUUCUUUGCUUUGUGGGUCCCCCUGGAGUUGGUAAAACUAGCGUGGGAAGAUCUAUUGCAAAGACACUGGGUCGAGAGUUCCACAGGAUUGCCUUAGGAGGAGUAUGCGACCAAUCGGACAUUCGAGGCCACAGGCGUACCUAUGUUGGCAGUAUGCCUGGCCGAAUAAUCAAUGGCUUGAAGACUGUUGGGGUUAACAAUCCAGUGUUCCUGUUAGAUGAGGUUGAUAAACUGGGGAAGAGUCUGCAAGGAGAUCCUGCAGCUGCUUUGCUUGAGGUCCUGGAUCCAGAACAGAAUCAUAGUUUCACUGAUCACUACUUAAAUGUAGCCUUUGACCUGUCUCAAGUCCUGUUCAUAGCAACUGCCAACACUACAGCUACCAUUGCACCUGCUCUGCUUGAUAGAAUGGAGGUCAUUCAGGUUCCAGGAUAUACACAGGAAGAGAAGAUAGAAAUUGCUCAUAGACACUUGAUCCCUAAGCAGCUAGAACAGCAUGGCUUGACACCUCAACAGAUCCAGAUUCCCCAAGUAACUACCCUGGAUAUCAUCACCAGGUACACUAGAGAGGCAGGGGUCCGCUCUUUGGAUCGAAAGCUUGGAGCGAUUUGCAGAGCAGUGGCUGUGAAAGUAGCAGAAGGGCAGCACAAGGAAACCAAGUCAGAUCGUUCUGAAGUGACUGAAGGAGAAGACAGCAGAAAUCAUGUCACAGAAGAUGCAAAAACCGAGUCCAUCAGUGAUACAGCUGAUCUCGCCCUUCCACCUGAAAUGCCAAUUUUAAUUGAUUUCCAUGCUUUGAAAGAUAUCCUGGGGCCACCUAUGUAUGAAAUGGAGGUGUCUGAACGUUUAAGUCAACCGGGAGUAGCCAUAGGCUUGGCUUGGACACCCUUAGGCGGUGAGAUCAUGUUUGUAGAAGCAAGCCGCAUGGAUGGCGAUGGUCAGCUUACUUUAACUGGACAGCUGGGGGAUGUCAUGAAGGAAUCAGCACAUCUUGCAAUUAGCUGGCUGCGCAGCAAUGCGAAGAAAUACCAGCUAACUAAUGCUUCUGGAAGUUUUGAUCUCCUUGACAACACCGACAUCCAUCUGCACUUCCCAGCUGGAGCUGUCACAAAAGAUGGACCAUCUGCUGGUGUAACCAUAGUAACCUGUCUUGCCUCACUCUUCAGUGGGCGGUUGGUGCGUUCAGACGUAGCCAUGACUGGAGAAAUUACACUAAGAGGCCUUGUUCUUCCAGUUGGGGGAAUUAAGGACAAAGUCCUAGCAGCACAUAGAGCUGGAUUGAAGAGAAUCAUCAUUCCACAAAGAAAUGAAAAAGAUCUGGAAGGGAUUGCAGUGAAUGUGCGGCAGGAUCUGACUUUUGUUAUGGCGAGCUGCCUUGAUGAAGUUCUUAAUGCAGCAUUUGAUGGGGGAUUUUCAGCCAAGACUGCACUUGAGCAUUUAAAUAGUAAACUUUAAAAACAGAUUGCCUGCGUAUGAAAAUUUAGAAGCUGAUCAACUUUCCAAUUGCAAGUUUUUUUUUUAAAUCACAGUAAAACAAAGGGUGCACAGCAUGGGAACAGUAAUUGAGGCCAACAGUAAUAUACAGGAACUUCAACUCAGUCUUCAGUUGGGCUACUAGUAUUAGAGUGGAUUUGUAUCCAUCUACCACAUAAAUUUAACAUAUGCAACUUGUGCACCCAAGUAGAUAGUGACAUUUUUCAAAAGACUUGAAUGGUUUGCCCUACUUCUCUGUAAGUCUCCAGUUGCAUAUUGACGCCUUCUAAACUUUACUUUUCUAAAUUAAACCUAUUUCCAAUUAUUUUGGGUAUGGACAAUCAUAAACUGUUCUUGAAGAAUAAAACAAUUUUACAGAAAAAAUUGAAAGUUUAUUAGGCAUUUCUGCAAGGAUUUCUAAACUAGAGAUUAAGUCACAAAAUAAGAAUUUUUCAAAGAAAAAAUUAAAAUAAAGCUAACAUCAGUCCCCUUCACUCUGCUCAGAUUUCCUUCAUUUAAAACUCUUAAAAUUUAACACUCCCCAGUUGUUCAUAGGAGUUGCAAUACCAGCUACAGCAAUAAGCCAGCUUUAAUGAGUAUACAUAAAAACACCCCACCAGCUGAAAGGCACAUUUAAUUAGGGUCUUCUAGACUACCCUUGCAAUCUAGAGCUGAUUUCUUGAAUAUUAUGGAACACAAAAAUAUCCAACAUGAAAAUAACUGAAGUGUAAUAUGGACAAUUUUAGCUACAGAAAAAGAACGUAUUGUUUCUUCCAAUUAAGAUCAGUAAAAACAUUUACUACUGUUUAAAUAUUUGUGGAACAGCUUAGGAGAAAAGCCAAUAGAUAUGAAAUUCAUAUAGAUGGUAAUCAUACAAAGAAAUUACACAAAACACACAAGUUACAAUCACCUAAUGAACACCUGUAGAAUAAAGGUGCUGCUAAAGGGUAAGAAGAACAGUUAACCAAUGUCAGAAGGAAGGAGAUGCUGGCAGCAAGUCCAAAUCUAGCAACAGGCCAGCAGAAGAGCGGUUUAUUCAAAACCAUAAACAGUUAAAGUCAUACCUUUUCUGCCAAUAAGAAACAUGUUCAAUCUCAAAUGUAUCACUUGAGUGUUUUCAUCUAAGAAUCUCAGAGUUGUAAAUUAAAGCCACCUAGGUAGCAUGGCUAUGAAUGGAAGCAAAGUACCUGGUUUCCAACAUUUUUUCUAUUCUGGUAGGCGCAUGUCAGACUAUACAGAACAACUUUUAAAUUCAUAAUAUCCUCUCAACAUUACCUAAAAGGUAAGUUUCCUCCCUGAAACCAGCAUGUGGGCUGUCUAAUCCUCAUGUGGUCCCACACCAGAAUAGGGAUUUUAAUGCACUAGUAGAGAGUUUUUCAGGUGAGUUUGCCAGGUGAGCAUGCUAGUAGAAAGUAGGUUGAGGGACUAUCGAUCACUUAAAAAUUAACAUUAAAAAAGGAAAGAUUAUUCUCAUUGCAACAAGAGUUAAGUUUUUCUGCCAUCUCUCAUUUUUCAAAAGCCACGCUGCUCGGGCAGAGAAGUACUUGAGAGAUUUCACAAAGCAGAUGAGUUUGAGCUUUGAAAUUAGUAAGUUGUUCUGAAUAUUUAUCCAAGUAUAGAGAAAAAGUAUAUACGCAGUUCAAAGUGGAAGUUAAUGCUUGAUAUCCCCAGCCCCAGGAAGUGGUAGCACAUCUCAACUAUCACAUGUGGUGCCUUAUUUUUUUUUCCUAUCCAAGGUAAGUUGGGAAGUAUUUGUUAUCCCUUUAGUAAUGCAGAUAUUUGUAAGCUGUUGACUUGUCUUCCACUGUUUGGCAGUAGAUGAAUAAAAUACUUUACCUUAAAGAAAGAAAA